AUGUCUAAACGUUCGUCCCAGCAUGUGGUAGGAAUUCACUAUGCUGUUGGUCCUAAGAUUGGGGAAGGUUCGUUUGGAAUAAUCUUUGAAGGUGAAAACAUUCUAAAUGGUGGGUCGAAGAACCCUGUUGCUAUAAAGUUUGAACCCAGACGGUCUGACUCACCACAGUUACGGGAUGAGUUUCGCGCAUAUAGGAUAUUGAAUGAUGUGAGAGGAAUUCCUCAUGCGUAUUAUUUCAGUCAAGAGGGGAUUCAUAACAUUUUGAUCAUCGAUUUGUUGGGUCCGUCGUUAGAAGAUUUAUUUGAAUGGUGUAGUCGAAAAUUUUCCGUAAAGACGACAGCAAUGUUGGCGAAACAGAUGAUUGAUAGAGUACGUUCUAUUCACGAGCAUGAUUUGAUAUAUCGGGACAUUAAGCCGGAUAACUUUUUGAUAUCUGAGUUUCAACGGGAGUUAUCGGAUGGGUCAGUGGUUAAGUCGUGUGCCACAAGCAGUGGUGGUGACGCAAACCUAAUAUACGUGGUUGAUUUCGGAAUGGCAAAGCAGUUUAGGGACCCAAACACAAAACAACAUAUACCAUAUAGAGAGCGUAAAUCUUUGAGCGGGACUGCGCGGUACAUGUCGAUAAACACCCAUUUCGGUAGAGAGCAAUCGAGAAGAGAUGACUUGGAGUCCCUUGGCCACGUAUUCUUCUAUUUCUUACGUGGGUCCUUACCAUGGCAAGGUUUGAAAGCUCUUAACAACAAGGCUAAGUAUGAAAAGAUUGGACUCACGAAACAGAGGUUAAAACCAACGGAUUUAUUGACACCGGAGAUACCAAAACAGUUUGCUGAAUAUCUAUCGUACUGUAGAUCGUUAAGGUUCGAUCAGGACCCAGAUUAUGAUUAUUUGAUCUCCUUGAUGACGCAAAUCAUGCAAGAAAAUGGGUACGAAGAAGAUGGUCAUUACGAUUGGAUGGAUUUGAACGGCGGUCAAGGUUGGAACAUUAAGGUCAACAAAAGAGUUAAUUUGCAUGGGUAUGGUAAUCCAACACCAAGAAAUACAAAACAUUCUGCUCAACAGCUUACACCAUUGCAUCAACAGCAGGCACAACAGCAGGCACCGGGGCAAGUACAGGGACAAAAUCAUCAACAACAGAAUAGUAGGCACGAUUCACGUAACUAUAGGUCUUUCUCACAAAGCACACCAAAUAAGUCUCAAAAGAAAAAUGUUAAUAGCAGUAUGGGGAACAGUAGGGUGAGAUUGUCACAGGGCAAUGGAUUUGUGGGACCAAACGUACCAUUGAAACAGAACCUCAAUAUACAAUCGUACGAUUCAAUGGGUAAGCUUCAUGGCAGACGCAUUCCGAAUAACGAAGAGUAUGACGAUAAUGAUUCCAUUGAAGAAGGCGGAUUUUUUUCAAAAUUGUGCUGUGGAAUUUGCUAG